GGGCAAUUAGUUUAGUUUGUACAGAUGGAGGCAGAAGUGGUUGAAGCUGAGAUUGUGUUGCCGACUCACCUGAAUUUCAAGAGGGUUCAGAUGUAUGAAAAGUACCCAAAAGGUCAAGCUAGAGGAAGGCACUGGAAACAUCUGAAGCAGAUCAUUCAAGCUGAGAAUUAUCAGAACUAUCCCCUUGACGAACCCAACUAUGUUAAUAUUGAAUCACCUCCUCCAAUGCAUCCAUGCAAAAGAAUUUGUGAUAUAACCGGCUUUGAGGCACCUUACUUUGAUCCAAGGACCAAGCUUCGUUAUGCUAAUGCAGAGGUCUUCAAGGUCAUAAGAUCCCUUCCUAAUGAUUAUGUCCAGAGGUACUUGGCACUUAGAAAUGCAGCAGUUGUAUUGAAAUAGUUGUAUGAUACAUCUCACUUUAGGUAGGUUGUUGAAUGGUAACCUGAAAAGGGUUUUUGGCUAGUACUUCUUCAUCAGUUGCCUGAAAUAUUUGUCGGCUACAGCAGCUAUGACGCUCGGUGUUGUGUUUAUAUCCACCCUUUCCCUGUGUGCAUGAUGUGCCUUCCAUUGAACCCUUUAUAGUUGAAGUUACCGUUGGUUUGUCGGCCAAAUGUUGAUAAAUGCAUGAGAUAGCUUUUCUGAUUCAA